CAGCCGGAGUCGCUGUGCGAGUCUGUCGGGAUUAUUAUUAUUUUUCUAAUUAAAAUUCUUUUAUUAUUAGAAACUUCGUCGCACGUGAACAAUGUUGAGUAGUUUAAGGAGCUCGGGAAUUCUGAAAGUUCCUCAGUGACUGCUGCCGGCUGGCUGUCCCCCAGUAUCCUCCCACACCAGACUUUGAAGUGAGGCCAGGAGUGUGAACUGCUCCCCAUCUAAAAGGACUCCUCCCUGCCCCUCUUGCUACCUUCAAAGCCUAUCCGGACCCUGACACACAUGUUUUUGGCUGCCAAGGACACACAGGGACCCAGGAGAACAGGAGUUGUGGGAUUUUAAAGGACCAUCCACCAAACGCAAUAAUCUGGUCCUUUACAUCUUUAGAGGGAUCAUUCUACAUUAUUGGACCUAAACAUGGGGAAUCAUUUCACAGAAAUUGCCCCCAACACCCCUUUCCUCCCCAGCUUCCAGUCAUUGCAUGUAGUGGUGAUUGGUUUGGACUCUGCAGGGAAAACCUCUCUCCUCUACAGACUCAAGCUGCAGGAGUUUGUGGAGACAAUCCCCACCAAGGGAUUUAACAUGGAGCGGAUUAAAGUAGCCAUGGGGAACAUCAAAACAAACACCACCACGUUCCAGGUGUGGGACGUUGGUGGUCAGGAGAAACUGAGGCCCCUCUGGAAGUCGUACACCAGGAGGACGGAUGGGCUGGUGUUCGUGGUCGAUGCAGCUGAGACAGAGCGCAUGGAGGAGGCCAAGGUGGAGCUCCACAGGAUCACUCGGUCAGCAGAGAACCAGGGGGUGCCCAUACUGGUUUUGGCAAACAAACAGGACCAGGAUGGAGCCAUGUCAGCUUCAGAGGUGGAGAAGGUGCUGGCCCUCCAUGAACUGAGCUCAUCCACACUGCACCAAACACAGGGCUGCUCAGCACUGGAUGGUCAGGGUCUGCAGCCUGGCCUGGAGAAACUGUAUGAAAUGAUCCUGAAAAGGAAGAAGAUGCUCCGACACAGCAAGAAGAAGAGAUGAAGGGGCGGCGGGGUCAUAGCAGGGCUUUCUGAAUCUCUGCUUGUCUGAGGACCUUCAGUCAAGUCUGUGACACUUGUGCACUGUGGGUGAAACCAGAGGAAGCCGUACAGUCCCUAAGAAAUGUUGCAAUGUUUCCAACUAAUUUCAAACUUUGGCUCUCCUCUGUGCCAACUGUUAACACUGUCUUUCAUCUGUGUGGACAGAGCUGCUUCCUUUAGGAUUGUGUCUUGCUCCUGAGCAUUCCUUGCUCUCCUCAUCUCCAAUACUGAAAGGAGUGCAGCGGAGAGACAAACAGCUCCAGGAAAAUCAGUGCAAUAUCUGAUGAACACUCACUCCAACAUUGAAGGAUAUUUUGUACAAACAUUUAGUUUAACAGGCCUGAGCCGGGUCCUGGUUCUGGUUCCUCUCACCAAGUUUCAAUGUUACACUGUAGUAUAAAACUAUGUUGCAUGAUGUUCGCCCAGACACCUGCUCCAAAAUAUUAAGCAACACUUUUGUUGAUCAAAACCAGACUUUUGUAAUUAUUCUGGAUUAGAAACUGCCUAGUGUUAGACUGCUACUGGGACUAAAUUGAAGUCCCACCAAAGUGACAUUUACAGACUGACGCACUGAGACUGCUGAGUCCAAUCAGGCAACAAGUUAGUUUGUCACUCUUCACCAAAGUGGUUUGUCACAGUCGGGUGUAUUUCAGGGUUGGAUGGAUGGUUGGUUGGUCAGUUCAAACAAGGAAUUGUUUUUACACUGUAAAUAUUGUUUUGUAAAAAUCAACAAAUUAAUAAAUUAUUGAGCAACUUUGA